CGGUUUCACACUUCACAGAAAAGUUUAGCACAAUAGCAGCAGCAUCAACAAGCUCAGACAAGUAAAACCGAAAGCAAACACAACGCAACGCAUUGGACGAUACAAAUAUACUACGCCGUACCAGUGAACAGAAUAAAUAUAUUUUUCAUUUUAUUAAAUUACAUUAUUAUUAAAAUUGAAUUAUUUUAUAAUAAGUAAUAAAAAUGAGUGCUGCUGCUUCAAAGUCUCGAACUCUACCUGUCCAGGAAGCCGAGGACAUUGAUGAUGAAACUUCUCAAGCUAAGCUCAUUUCAUGCCUGGAGGGCAACGGAAUUACUGCUGGUGAUAUUGCUAAGCUGAAAGAGGCUGGUUAUUAUACAAUUGAAGAAAUAGCAUUCACACCAAAGAAGAAUUUGCUAACAAUAAAAGGUAUCAGUGAGGCUAAAGCUGAUAAAAUUCUUCAAGAAGCAUCAAAACUUAUGGUAAUGGGAUUCAAAAGUGCCACCGAAAUUCAUCAGAUCCGAUCAAAUAUUAUUUACAUCUCAACUGGAUCAUCAGAGCUCGACAGAUUGCUAGGAGGUGGCAUAGAAACCGGAUCAAUAACUGAAAUUUUUGGUGAAUUUCGUACCGGUAAAACUCAAUUGGCUCAUACACUGGCAGUUAAUUGUCAAUUGCCCGUAGAUAUGGGUGGUGCUGAAGGUAAAUGUUUGUACAUCGAUACUGAGGGAACCUUCAGAACAUCUCGUUUAAUAGCAGUAGCCGAAAAAUUUAAAAUAGCGCCCGAAAAUGUCCUCGAUAAUGUAGCCUGUGCUAGAGCUUACAAUACGGAUCAUCAGACUCAACUUUUAGUGAUGGCUAGUGCCAUGAUGACUGAAUCAAGAUACGCUUUACUUAUUGUCGACAGUGCAACAGCAUUAUAUCGUACAGAUUAUUCAGGUCGUGGUGAAUUGUCUGCUCGGCAAAUGCACUUGGCACGAUUCCUUAGAAUGUUACUGAGAAUUGCUGACGUGCAUGGUGUGGCUGUUGUUAUUACCAAUCAAGUGGUAGCUCAAGUUGACGGAGCAGCAAGUAUGUUUGGUGGUGAUCAAAAAAAACCUAUUGGAGGUAACAUAAUUGCUCAUGCUAGUACAACUCGACUUUAUUUAAGAAAAGGUCGUGGAGAAACGAGAAUAUGUAAAAUUUAUGAUUCACCUUGUCUUCCUGAAGCUGAAGCCAUGUUUGCUAUCAAUGCUGAUGGUAUUGGAGACGUCAAAGAAUAAUAAUAUCAUUUUAUAACUUCAUUAUUUUGUUUAAAUUAUAUUUUUAUUCAACUGCCUUUUUUUUGCUUAUAAUUCAUUUUUAUUAAGGUAAUAAUUCAAUAUUUUAAUUGAUAAGACCAAUCAAUUAUCCUUGUGGAGGAUACGUUUUGAUAAAUUUUAAAACAAGAUCUCCAGCGCUGGUAUUAAAGACUGACUUCUCUCUAUAGCAUCAUCUAGUAUUCAUUUUAAGACAAUAAUGAUAGUACUAAUGAUUUAAUCUGUCUCUUUUUUUCGUAAUGACAUAGUGGAAUCUUUAAUAAUUGAUUAAUAAGACCAAUAUCUAGCAGAAGAAAUGGCAAAAACAUUUUUAUAUUUUUAUUUUAUUUUCAUAUUUUCGUUUACAAUCAAUGCUCAUACAUCAUACAAAUUAUUGACGGUAUUUUAAAGUUAAAUACGAAAUAGUUAAUUAAAUUAUAAUAAAAGGCACUUGGUUGAUAAUUAUUUCUACUAUUAAUUAUAUUUUUUAAGAUCAUUCCAAAUUAUUACACAGAAAAAAUAAUUUAA